CUACUAGCCGGGAGAAGAUGUGUCCACUCACUGAGUAGAGGCCAACUAGUGUUUCUUCAUCUCCCUGAGAAAAGCAGCAGACAGGAGACAGGAUGGCCUGGUGGAAAGCCUGGGUUGAACAGGAGGGUGUCAGCGUGAAGGGUAGCUCUCAUUUUAACCCAGACCCUGAUGCAGAAACUCUCUACAAAGCCAUGAAGGGGAUUGGAACCAAUGAGCAGGCCAUCAUAGACGUGAUCACCAAGAGGAGCAAUGCGCAGAGGCAGCAGAUUGCCAAGUCCUUCAAGGCUCAGUUUGGAAAGGACCUCAUUGAGACCUUAAAGUCAGAGCUGAGUGGCAAAUUCGAGAGACUCAUCGUGGCCCUCAUGUACCCGCCAUACAGAUACGAGGCCAAGGAGCUGCACGACGCCAUGAAGGGCUUAGGAACCAAAGAAGGAGUCAUCAUUGAGAUCUUGGCUUCUCGGACCAAGAACCAGCUGAGAGAGAUAAUGAAGGCGUAUGAGGAAGACUACGGAUCUACCCUGGAAGAAGACAUCCAAGGAGAUACAAGUGGCUAUCUGGAGCGGAUUCUGGUGUGUCUCCUGCAGGGCAGCAGAGAUGAUGUGAGCGGCUAUGUGGACCCGGGACUGGUCCUUCAAGAUGCACAGGACCUGCAUGCAGCGGGUGAGAAGAUUCUUGGAACUGAUGAGAUGAAGUUCAUCACCAUCCUGUGCACACGCAGUGCCACGCACCUAAUGAGAGUGUUCGAGGAAUAUGAAAAAAUUGCCAACAAGAGCAUUGAGGAUAGCAUCAAAAGUGAGACCCAUGGUUCACUGGAAGAGGCCAUGCUCACUGUGGUGAAAUGCACCCGGAACAUCCACAGCUACUUUGCAGAGAGACUCUACUACGCCAUGAAGGGAGCAGGGACACGUGAUGGGACACUGAUAAGGAACAUUGUUUCCAGGAGUGAAAUUGACUUAAAUCUUAUAAAGGGUCAGUUUCAGAAGAUGUACGGCAAGACUCUCAGCAGCAUGAUCAUGGCCGACACCAGUGGUUACUACAAGACCGCCCUGCUGAACCUCGUGGGCACUGACCUCUGAAAAUGUCAAAAAAUAAAACAAGGGCAAGAAGUAUGAGCACAGCCCCUGCAGCUUCAGCCCUGACCAUGAGUGGGAUGGGGCUAGGGGACACCUCAUCUGGCUUUUAGUCUUCUGUCUCCUGGUUUCUGAUGCUUCUCAUCCAAUGCUUCUGACCCAGAAAGUGUGACCAGCCUGGGUUUCCUUUUCACCUCUCCCCUGAGUCAUUUCUAGGUACGUGUAUAGUGUCCACCCUAGCAUUACCUCUGAGCAAACAGAAACAUCAACAUGAAAAGCUUGCAGGAGCCUGUGGGUCAUUCCUUCCCCUCACAGAAGCUCCUGGGUACAGGUCACACAGAUGCCUUGGCUCUGACCUCUCUACUGAAUCCGGAUCUUUGGAGGAGGAACCAAGGAACAUGGAUUUCUAGCAGUUCUCUUAGGUGAUAAGCAUCAUUAUCAGGCAGCCAGUGAGCGUGUGGGAGCGCACCUCUAUGAGAGAACACAGCCGUGGGAACUGAGAAAGAGUCACAUAGCUCUACCAAUCGGGACACUCAUUUAACAGAAAAUGUUAGACUCUAAGUGGAGGAAAAUUCCUACACCAUCCUAAUAGCAAGAAUUAGAUUGGAUUACAAAUACCUGUCCUGACCCAAGUACACUGUGGCCUGAGAGACUCAGACUUGUGUAAUCAUUGGCUAAAUCAGCUGCUCAUUCCCUCCAUGCUAAAGCUUGUAGAUUAGGAAGCCACCCAACCCUGAGCAUGAAUCCUAUCCUCCGGUCGGGGUCUCCAAACCUGAAGAACAUGACAGAACUCUUCCUAAUAUUCGUUGGGCUUUCAGAAUCAUAAACAUUUGUACUUUCAAAACAUGA